AUGACGUCUCAAUCUUCCCAGUAUCAAUGGACUUUCAUCAACCCUCUGGCCAUGUCGGUCAUACAAGAAACAAUCUGCGGCGUCAAUACACAGCUGGACCGUCUGCAGCAACAUGUCACCACCCAUACGCUGGAGACAUCCGAGUCUCGUGAACACAUUGGUCAAUUGGAAGAGGUCAUCCACUCGAUCUCGGUGACCUCGAAGACCCAACCCCUCUUGUCUCCAAAUCGGUUGGCAGACCUGCUCUCGGAUCCCAUUUUCGCCAGUCUACAGGCACGACCCAGUAUCUCGGGCAUUUCGGAGGAGGAGACUGGCGACUAUGUAUGGCUUGUCACGGCAAAAGCGGCCGCCCAAAUCUCAGGUCUUGUCAUGAACAGUUUGCUCAAUCAAACGCUGGAGUUGAAUGAGGAGACCUUUUACUGGACGGAAAUGCUGGGCUCUGUCUGGUAUAGUGGUCUCUAUGCCCUCCAAAAAUCACCAGCGCAGCUGUAUCAAUGGACAAAGGAUGCAUACCUGGUUCAGAGUGACCAAAGAACUCCAUCUCUUGCUGAUAGAUGGAAUCAAUUCUAUCAAAUCGCGAGUAAAAAUGCAUGGCAGUUCGGAGGCCACUCGGUGCGUUCUCAUUUGCUCGCCCCGAUUCGAUAUUGCCGAGCAGAGAUGCGACAGAAACGAGAUUUAUUGUUGGCCAAGAAAGAGCUACAUACAAGUAGUUUGGGUCUCCUCAUGGAAGGAUGGCGCCUUUUUGAGACAGACGACUCGCGGACGAGCAAUACGGACCCCGCCCAAAAGCACUGGCAUGCCCAAAUCCACAAAACAGUGAGUCUCAUAGAAGCCGUCUUCCAGCAAAUGGAAAUCGAACCCAGCACCCGUGAAUUUGAACGGGGUGUCUUCACCACCCUCGACAUGGAUAUCAACAGCACCCACCUACAAAAGACCGCGAGUCAUGUACAGAAGCCCUUGGAAUUGAUUGAGCGAUUGGUCCGUGUUCUUCGCGAGCAGCUGCCAAAUCACACGCGCUCCAUGUCGCAUUUCGCCGGUCGUCAUGGCCGUCCUUCUCGCAUUGUCCGCUAUUGGUUACCGGUCUCGCUUGCGCUUCUGUCGACAAGUGCAUCAACCCGAUUCUUGGUCAACCGACAGGAUGUAAUUAUCCAGGGAAUCAUGGACAUUGGCUCCACAACCAUCGACUUCUGGGGAAACUGGGUUGUACACCCUAUCCGAAAAUUGAUCGGAACCAUCAGACAUGACGAGAAAAGCGAAAUUGCCAUCAUGAGCAAGAAUAGUUUACUCGCUGAUCGGGCCAGCUUAGAAAGAAUGGUGGUGGACUUUGUUCGAGAUCGUCCUGACCUUCACGAGGGACUGGCCGAUACUACCGCCAUCGUCAAUUCAGUCAAGGAAGGGGACCUUACGCCCGUACUAAAAGCAUACGAAAGAGAUCUGCGAUCGCCACUCGUGGGAACCGUCAAGGGCGAUCUCAUCCGUGCCCUUUUGAUCCAGAUUCAAAAGACCAAAGUUGACGUGGAGAUUGCUAUUAGCGGCAUCGAUGCCUUGCUAAAGAGCCAGGAGCUUGUAUUUGGAUUUGUCGGAUUGACUCCUGGAAUUCUUGUCUCCUUGGCAACUAUCAGGUGGCUAGGUGGUCUCUUCGGUAACAGACGAGGAUCGCAGACUGGCAAACAGCGCCAUGAACUCAAGCGUGGAUUGAGGAACGUGGCCCGUAUUUUGACAUCUUCUGCGGCAUCGUCUGAUGGGACUGUACCUUACAAGGACUCGGGGCAGUUGAUUUGCGAAGCAGAGGCUCUUCUCCAACACGUCAAGGCGAUUUCGAACGGCAUUCAAUACCGAGAAUUCCGGGAAGACAUCCAAGAUCUUCUCAACGUUCAGAAUGGAGUGGACAAGCAACUACGAGUGGUCGAAAGGAUGAGAUGGACGCACUUUCAGUGA